GCUCGCUGCCCCGGGGGCCCCCCUCCCUGGGGGCUUUGCCCGGAGCCAGGAUGAGGAAAAACAAGGUGCAUCGGAUGGUCCUGGCCACUUGCCUGGGCUCUUUGCUCCUGGUGAUUUUCUACUUCCAAAGCAGCCUGAACCCAGCUGCAGAGGAUAGGAUUCUGGGGACCAGCUGGCAUGGGAAGUCAGGCCGAAGUCCACUCCAGGCACUUUACGACAGUGACCAGUUUGAGCAGUCGUCCCUACAGGCCACUCACCAGCAGAGACGAGAGUUGCUGAGCAGCGUUUGCGGCCGCUACACCCGCAAGCGCCGCCUCCUGACGCCUGAUGACCUGCGCCACCUUGUUGUGGAUGAUGUACACGGCCUGCUUUACUGCUAUGUGCCUAAGGUAGCCUGCACCAACUGGAAGCGAGUCAUGAUGGUUCUGACUGGACAGGGCAAAUACCGGGACCCUCUAGAAAUCCCAGCCAAUGAGGCCCAUGUCUCGUCCAACCUGCGCACCCUCUCAGAUUACAGCACUCCUGAAAUCAACCAUCGCCUGCGCAACUACCUCAAGUUCAUCUUUGUGCGGGAGCCCUUCGAGCGCCUGGUCUCUGCCUACCGCAACAAGUUCACCCGUAGCUAUAACACGGCCUUCCACAAGCGCUACGGCACCUACGGCACCAAGAUCAUCCGCGGACACCAGCAGGAGCCCAGUGAUGAGGCCCUGGAGCGUGGCGACGACGUGCGCUUUGACGAGUUCGUCUACUACCUGCUGGACCCACGCACGCAGCACGAGGAGCCCUUCAACGAGCACUGGGAGCGGGUGCACUCGCUCUGUCACCCCUGCAUCAUCCACUACGAUGUGGUGGGCAAGUAUGAGACGCUGGCCGAGGACGCCAGCUAUGUCCUGCAGCUCGUAGGAGCCGAGGCUAGUGUCAAAUUCCCCUCUUCGUCCAAGACCACCAGGACCACAGAUGACAUGACAGCCCAGUUCUUUGAGGACAUCAGCCCCUUCUACCAAAGGAGACUUUUUAAUUUAUACAAAAUGGAUUAUUUGCUCUUUAACUACUCCAUCCCGUCAUACCUGCACCUCCGAUGAGAUUGGAGAUAAGGGGGCCCUAAAACUGGGGGCCUCCCCCAUUCUUAACUACUCAAGGCAUCUCUCGCCUUUCCCCUGCAUCCUCACUGGUUCAUUCCUUUCCUCUCUGCCUCUAGAUUCCACUCCAAGCCCAUGCAUCACAUGCUGACACCCUGGUUGGGACUUACCACAGGGCGAGAGGCUGCCUUAUUGAUUAGCAUGUGAAACACGUGGGCCAAAGCAGCCUUAGCCCAUUCCAGUGCCUGCAGCAGAUGUAUCCUGGCUUCCAGGAACAUAACGUUAAAUGUUCAAAUGUUGUUUCCUUUAGAUGCUAAGAUAAUUCAUCACAGAUCCAAAUCUCAGGAAGGCUGUUUAUUGGGGGUAGGCCUCCUUCGCAGCCUCUUCCACGAACUGGGCUGUUUGCAGCCUGUCACAAGAGGGAUCUCAACCUUUGAUAGGGAUGGGGAAGGGGUCUGUCAGAAUUUUGCAUAGAAUGCUGAGAAGAGCAAUAUUUUAAUGUGUAUUUUUUUUCUUUGUUAAACAUUCCCUCUCCUCUCCUUCUCGCAUGCCCCAAGCUGCCUCCUUCCUCAAUCAAUGGGAAAGGGGAAUGUGAGCCAUCGAUGUCGUCUUAUGAUCUGGUAUUUCUCUGUGGCAAAGCCUGUUUUUAUUGCUUCUCCACUCGCUCCCCAUUGGAAUUUUAAAUACUUUGUUUUAUGUACGCGUAGAAAGAGGGACAAAUUAAUGCUUGUACAUCGAUGAAGCUGCAUUGAUUUCAGUGGAGCUGCAUUGGUUGAUACCAGCAGAGUACUUGGCCUAGAUUUGUGUGUGUGAAUGCGUGCGCACGUGUGUCCCCUGACUAAAUAUGAUACUUAAGACCCCUUAACGGCCGUGUGUAAGAGUAGGGUUGACUGCUCUUUGGAACAGGGACUAUUUUAUUUUCCAUGUUUGGGGGCCCAUUGUGUUAGGUGCUGUACAAUUUGGUUGCCCCUAGGGAUUCCUGCAAUAUAAAUGUUCAAUAAUAAUAACGCUGGUGUCCUGGCCAAAUUAGUUUGGCUGUUUAAAUGUGACCUACCAAAUAUUCUUCACCUCCUGCCACGUGGUGUUGCUGGGUGCUGUUAAACAGCUGCUGCUUCCUGCUCCAGAGAUGGCCGCAUUUCAUUGCUGGGCCAAAUAAUUUCUAGUUAUAGUUCGUGUGUCUGUCUGUAAAGCACUUUGGGAUGGGAUGCACUAUAGACAGCAGAGAUAUUAUAGUUAUGAAAAGAUGACAGACUUUUGGAAAGGGUGAAGCGGGGAGAGAGAGUGAGUGUGUGCGUGUGCGCAAAAUACACAGACACCUAGUGGAAGAAGGUUGUUGGCUGGAUGAAGACAAUUCAUUAUUCAAAGAAGAAAUAAGAAAACCUAGGAUUUUAAAUUCCAACCAGUCCUGAUGGAUUUGCUUAAACACAACAGCACUUCUGUCUUUGCUCUGUUAAAUUCAUUUUUGGCUCUGCAUAUAGAGCAUCACCUCUGUAAGUAAACUUGCUGAAAGCAGGAUUUUCUGGACAGUGUGUCUGCUGGUUCUAUUGUGAAUACUUGACUUAGUGCAAUACAGUGGCAAGGUUUUUAUAAAAAAAAAACAC